AGUGAAUGAAGUCGAUUCUUCUUCUUCGCUGCUCGAUAGUAAAAAAGGUGAAAUUUUUAAUCUUGGGCACGAAUUGAAUCGCUUUAAAGGUAAUCGCUUUGCGUUGUCAUGAAUUCUCUUAUACUCGGUGCAAGAAGGUUCGUGGGGUUGCAGAAAUGGCGUAACUUGAGAGUUUCAUUGCAAAAUGGAUCUGCUUUUUCUAAUUCCUUCUCCUCUGCUACUGCUGCUGAUGUAAACCCUAAAGAUGGUGGAAAAGGGGAGACCUUUAAAGCUUCUUCAUUCCUUGAUUCACUGCGUUUAGCUGCAAAACUCACAAGUAAAGUCAAUGCUGAUUCGGUUCUGGAUCUUCUUAGAAGUUAUGGGUUCACAGAUUCUCAGAUCUCCAGCAUCAUUAGGAGUGAUCCACAAGUGCUUAUUGCCAAUUCUGCGACAUCCCUGGGUUCAAAGCUUGAGUUUUUGCAGUCCAGAGGAGCUUCAAGCUCUGAGCUCACUGAGAUUGUUUCUACAGUUCCUAAAAUCUUGGGGAAGAGAGCGGGCAAAUCUAUCAGCAGAUACUAUGAUUUCAUCAAAGUCAUUAUAGAGGCGGAUAAGAGUUCCAAGUAUGUAAAGUUAUCUCAUUCUUUGCCACAGGGUAACAAGAUCAGAAAUGUUUUGGUUUUGAGAGAUUUGGGUGUGCCUCGAAAGCGGUUAUUAUCUUUGCUCAUCUCCAAAUUUCAGCCCGUGUGUGGAAAAGAAAAUUUUGAUGCAUCACUCAAGAAGGUCGUUGAGAUGGGUUUUGAUCCAACCACCUCAACGUUUGUGCACGCUUUGCACAUGCUUUACCAAAUGAGCGACAAAACGAUUGAAGAAAAAGUUGAAGUCUAUAGAAGUAUAGGUUUCACCGUGGACGAUGUAUGGGCAAUGUUCAAGAAGUGGCCACGCUCUCUGAGACACUCGGAGAAGAAGGUAGCCAACUCCGUAGAAACAUUUCUAGGUCUAGGAUUCAGCAGAGAUGAGUUUUUGAUGAUGUUCAAGCGGUUUCCUCAGUGCAUUGGAUAUUCGACAGAGUUAGUGAAGAAGAAGACUGAGUUUCUGGUGAAGGAGAUGAAUUGGCCAGUAAAGGCUGUGGCUUCAGUCCCUCAGGUACUUGGAUACAGCCUAGAGAAAAGGACUGUCCCAAGGUGUAAUGUAAUCAAAAUUCUCAUGUCAAAAGGAUUGCUCGAAAGCGAAAUCCCUCCAAUAUCGUCUGUUUUGACAAGUACUAGUGAGGUGUUUUUAAAUUUGUAUGUUAGGAAACAUGAUGAUGACAAGCAGCUCGUGGCUGAAUUGAUGGCUAUCUUCAUUGGGGAUCAUGUUUCACUCACCACGCCAAGAAGGCUAGAACCAUGAGCAACGUUAAGGAUUGUUUUUUGUUUUCUGUUAGGUUUAGAUUCAUUUGUGAAUCUUGAUGCUUGUCUGUGGGAAGUAGAGAUUAGCUUUUGUGUACGAGUGUCUGAACCUUUUACCCUGAAGGAUCAUGAAUCAGUCUUGUAUGAAAAAAUCUUUACAAUUAGGAGGAUAUUGCUCACUCAAUUUUGUUCCUCUAACUUAUAAUAUCUUUGUUUCUCUUGUUGA